GGAUGUGGUGGUGCGUGUUCUACCUGAACGUGGCCUUCACCUGCGCGAUGAUGCGAGAGUACUACAUCGCAGCCAAGGAAAUAUACUGGGACUACGCACCAUCGGGGAGGAAUCUUAUCAAGAACAUCAGCAUUUCCGACGAUGAACAAGCCAGAUUGACUCUGCAAAGGGGGCCGGAGCGUAUUGGCCGGAUUUACAAGAAGGCGGUGUACAUCCAGUACACGGACGGCAGCUUCACGCAGGAGAUUCCCAAGGAUCCGUGGCUCGGAUACCUGGGCCCCACCAUCAAGGCGGAGGUGCACGACGUCAUCGCGGUCUACUUCAAGAACCUCGCGUCGCGCCCGUACAGCAUGCACCCCCACGGCGUCUUCUACAGCAAAGCGUCAGAAGGCGCCAACUAUCCAGACGGGCAGGAGUUCGGCUCGAAGGGCGAGUUCGUGCUGCCCGGCCAGACGCACACCUACCACUGGAUGGUGAGGGACGAAACCUCGCCCGGCAGCGACGACCCCAACUGCUUCACGUGGAUCUACCACUCGCACGUCAACGAGCCCAAGGAUGUCAACUCGGGCCUCAUCGGGGCCCUGCUCACCUGUCGCAAAGGAAUCCUACUUUUGGGAACCGCCGAACGUCAAGACGUGGGCGAGGACUUCAUCUUGAUGUUCACCAUCGUUGACGAGAACAACAGCUGGUACCUGGAGGACAACAUCCGAGAAACCAUUGCCGACCCGCGCAGUCUGGACCGGAGCGACCCGCACUUUCAGAGGAGCAACUUCAAGUCGAACAUCAACGGCUACAUGUACGGGAACCUGCCGGGCCUGAACAUGUGCAGCGAGGUCAACGUGUCAUGGCACCUCUUUGGGCUUGGCUCCGAGGUGGACAUUCACACGGCUCACUUCCGAGGGCAGGCGCUCACGAGCAAGCACCACCGCGUGGACACCGUGGGCCUCUUCCCCGCCACCUUUGUCACCGCCCUGAUGGUGCCCACCAACCCAGGCCGCUGGCUCCUCGCCUGCGAUGUCAAUGAGCACUUUGAAGGUGGCAUGCAGGCCGCGUUCAACGUCCUGGAGUGCGAGGGCACGAACCAAAGCGUGUGGCACUCAGAGGGGAAGGAGAGGACUUUCUUCAUCGCCGCUGAGGAAGUGGACUGGGACUACGGCCCAUCAGGCGUCAACAACGCGACGGGCGAGGAUCUGACCCAGCCUGGAAGUGAUUCCGAGAAGUACUUCACGAAAGGGCCCAGCCGCAUUGGAGGUGUGUACAGGAAAAUCCUCUACACGGAGUACACCGACGCCAACUUCACCACCAGGAGGCAGCGAACGCCCAAACAAAGCCACAUGGGGAUGUUAGGGCCCGUGCUGCGAGCAGAGGUCGGGGAUGAGAUCGUCGUCACGUUCAAGAACUUGGGCAGCCGGGGCUACAAUAUCCAUCCACACGGUGUGUUCGCGAGCAACGAGCAUGUCGCCAAGGGGAGUUAUGAGCUCCACAAGGUGGCAGCAGUGCCCGCGGGAGGCAUGCACACGUACCGCUGGGCGGUACCCCAAGGAGCCGGCCCCACCCAGGCGGAUGAGCCUUGCAUCACCUACCUGUACACCAGCUCGGUCAACCACGUACGGGAUGGCCACUCGGGCCUGGUCGGACCGCUGCUCAUCUGCCGCAACGGCUCCCUGGACCAGCACGGCGACCAGAGCGGCACGGACGAGGAGGUGUUCCUGCUCUUCGACGUCGUGGACGAGGGCCUGAGCUGGUACCUGCAAUGGAAUAAGCAGCAGAACAACGUGACUGCACCCGACGAUGACCCCAGCUUCCGGGAGGCAAACCUCCGACACACCAUCAACGGGUUUAUGUUUGGGAACCUGCCUGGCCUGGAGGUGUGCGUGGGCAAGCGCGUGUCGUGGCACGUGCUGGCCGUGGGCUCUCAGGCCGACCUGCACACGGCCUACUUCACGGGACAGACGCUGCUCUUUGACCUCCGCCGUGUGGACACCAUCGCCCUCUUCCCUCACCUCUCCUACACUGCCCUCAUGCUCACCGACACCACAGGUGGAUUUGAAUUAAUGUGCCGGACAAAUGAGCACUUUAACGAAGGCAUGAGAGCCAAGUUUAGAGUGUCAGAAUGCGGGAUGCCACCUGGACCGGUGUUUGUUCCGCAAAAGGAGCGGACAUAUUAUCUGGCAAUCCGUGAGGAGGUCUGGGACUACGCUCCCAACCGCAGCUGGGAAAUGAAAGUGCACAACACCACCAAUCCAGCACUCAGCCCAGCAAAUAAAUUCCUCGGAAGUGGAGAGACCAGAAUCGGAAGUAGAUACAAGAAGGUCAGAUUCGUGGAAUACACCGAUGACAGCUUCAAAAAUCCGAAAGUGCGUACGGCUGAGGAAGAGCACCUGGCCGCACUAGGCCCGCUGCUGAAGGGGCAGGUCGGGGAGCUCUUGGUGGUGGUGCUGUGGAACACGGCUUCUCGUCCCUACUCCAUCCACUCACACGGAGUCAUCAGCGACGUUCCCGGGGGCCUCCCACUCAAGCCAGGAGCAAGGAAAGCGUACAGGUGGCAAAUCCCAGAGCGCUCCGGCCCUUCACAAGCUGACACAAACUGCAUCACCUGGAUAUACUAUUCUGCGGUGGACUUCGUCAGGGACCCCAACUCGGGGCUGGUGGGGCCACUGGUGGUGUGCCGCUCUGGGCUGCUUGACGACUCGGGCCGCCGUGACGAUGUGGCCCACGAGUUUGCUCUCCUCUUUAUGGUCUACAAUGAGAACCUGUCCUGGUACCUGCGGGACAACAUCGACAAUUUCACGGGGAAUCCCGGCGCUGUCGACGUUACCGACGAGGACUUUCGUGAGAGCAAUCUCAUGCACAGCAUCAACGGCAUGACUUUCGGUAAUCUGAAUGGGCUCAACAUGGGGCUCAAGGAACGCGUGGACUGGUACUUGAUGGGUCUGGGCGGAGAACUCGACAUGCACACCAUUCACUUCCAUGGCCAGACAUUCAGAUACAAGGUGGCAGGUAAGGACACGGUGUCUGACGUGUACGACGUGUUUGCGGGGACCUUCGUCACAGUGGAGAUGACGACGGACAACCCUGGCACGUGGCUUCUGCACUGCCACGUUCAUGACCACAUCGAGGCUGGCAUGGUGGCAUUUUUCCAGAUCAAGACCAAACCCUUAGUAACCGCGAACCCUACGGAGAAGACCGCAAUUGGACAACACUCCUCUGCCUCUUCUCACACCGGCUUAUAUUCCCUUGCGUUGAGCCAACUGUGCGUCAAACUCCUGGUGGCCUGUCACCUGCUACACAUUUACGUCCACGAGACAUCGUAGGUUUUCAAAGCAAAUUUGGAAAUAUUCCUAUCAGAGAUAAAUAUCAACAUUUUCUCCCAGACAAAUCUGAACAAACCGAUGACAUUUCAUAAUGCUAGAUAAGGCUCAAUGUUUCCGUCCCAAGUGCAAUUGUGUUGUACUAUGUGCUGUAAUCGCAUAGUUAUUAUAAGGUGCAUAAUGUAAUGUAUGAAAACGGCGGAACGCAUCUGAGAUGGUGUACACUGAGGAGAUAAAGCAGCGGCAAACGGCUCGUGUGCAGGUGAUGGGUGCAUUAUCACAUCGCGGAAUCGUGAGAGAUGGGGGCUCGGUGAAACAUUCGUCCAACAAUCGGUUGGAAUUGGCUGUUGAUGGUGAUAACUGUCACAGGAAGGAUGAGAUAAAGUAGCCUAUUGUGGUGCUGCUAUGUGUAGCGUAUGAGACUCGAAUCAGUAAAUGUGCCUUCGCGGUGUUAUUGCUUUGGUCUUGGAGGUUUGUGUGCAUCUAACGUAGACUACCUGCGAAUUGUAUUUUGUGCAAGAGAGUGAAUUUCACGUGCUUGUGAAGGAACGUAAACGUAUACUCGGUCUUCUAAGCGGGGAGAGGCGUGUGCGUUUUAACGGAGUACUGAAGGUGCGCCCUGAAUUUGCGUUCACGUUUUUGUAUUUGCAGACAUUGUGAAUGUGUAAAGCAAAGUGCUGCUC